CUUUGACAGUACAUGCCUAGAAUAGGAAAUUAUUUCACCUUGCUACUGUUAGUUUAGUAUAAUUCUUAAUCUUCUUAACACUUCUUAGGAUCUAGUAUACAAAUAGCUUUUCUUAUCACAUUGCUUAGUCAGAUGAAAUACUACCCCGAACAUAGAGCGUUAAUUCGAUCAUAAUGCUCUUAAAGUCUAAAGUGGGUUAUAUUUCAGCAACCGACCCACACCUUUGUACCGAUAACUGUGAUUACCAGUCUACGAUUGUAAGUCAACGUUUAUCAUCUUUAUCACUCCAAUCGUGAAUUCCGAUCGGCUCCAGGCAAGACCCACUGUUCGAUACAGGGCAAAUUGACCGUCGCUGGUUUUCAUAUCAUUCAGUCGUGGGAGAACCUCCGAAACAACAGCUGCUGGAAUAAUUGGACAUUAGUGGAAUCGGAGCAAACAUGAAGAUCGAAUGGGCACCCCUUCGAGUUCCUCUGGAGCGCCGAAUGCAGAUUCUAGUUACUGCCUUGUUCACCUCCAUGCUCCUGAUAUUAUUAUCCGUUUCGUUUUUGUUAGUAGCUGGUUCGCUGAUCUAUGGAGGUCUUCUUCUGCGUAGCUUAAUGCUCAUUUACUUGGCUUAUGUCUAUGUGCAUCACAAGAAAACCCAAUCUGUGGUGGAUGGCAAUGGCUGGAUGAUAACACGCACCAACCGUUUACAUCGCCACUAUCGCGACUACUUUCCCGUGGAGUUGGUGAAAACUGCCGAACUGCCAGCGAACAAGAACUACAUCUUGGCCAGCUUUCCCCACGGAAUUCUGGGAACGGGCAUAGGAAUCAACAUGGGCGUGGAAAUCUCCAAGUGGCUGGAGCUGUUCCCCCAUGUUAGACCCAAGGUGGGCACUCUCGACCAGCACUUCCAUGUGCCCUUUAUGCGAGAGGUCCUGCGUUGCUGGGGCUUGGUGUCCGUAUCCAAGGAGGCCUUGAUCCGCAUGCUCAGCAAGUCGAACGAUCCCAAGCACAAGGACAAUGGCGAUGGAUUUACAUCAAAUGCGGUGGCCAUACUGGUGGGUGGUGCGCAGGAGGCAAUGGAUUCCCACCCUGGAGAGUACAUUUUGACACUGAAGAAUAGGAAGGGUUUCGUAAGACUUGCCAUUCAAACGGGUUCAUCGAUUGUACCCUCGUUUUCCUUCGGCGAGGUGGACAUUUUCGAUCAGGUGGCUAAUCCUCCGGACUCCUUACUCCGUCGCAUACAGAAUGUGGUGAAGAAACUUACCGGCGUUUCUCCGUUGAUUCCAGUGGGUCGUGGUUUCUUCAACUACACCUUUGGCUUUCUGCCAUUCCGACGACGCAUUGUCCAAGUUGUUGGCUCUCCCAUUGAUAUUGUGCAGAGCGAUCAGCCCGAUCCAGAGUAUGUGGACAAAGUUCAUGGACAGGUUAUUGAGGCCCUGGAGAAAUUGUUCGAUCAGUGCAAGGACAAAUAUUUACAGAACCCAAAGAGUGCCAAACUGGUGUUUCAGUAAUUAAAAAACUAGUUAGCCAAUAUA